AUGUCCCUGGCAUCUCUGCUGAGCUUGGGACGGAAAGACGAGCCUUCCAAGCCGCCACCACCGGAAAAGCCAAAGCCUGCGCCUGCAUCAUCAGCAGCAAGCGGGACGACAGCUAGUAUAGUUCAGAAUGAAGAGGACAGGAAACUUGCUUUGGAACUCGCAGAGAAGCAGGCUGAUCUGUUGAGCGAGGAGAUGCUGAUCAAGGAGGCUGAGGAAGAGGCCGCAAAGGAACGAGAGAUAGAAGAGGCGGCGAAGGCAGCCGCAGCGUUGGCGCACAAGCAGAAACUGCAGGCUGCAAGCACCGGCGCAAACCCGUUUAGCACCGGCGGUCGAGUAUACCAGCCUGGUGUCUUCGUUUGUGAUGAGAGAUCGGGUCACAAGCCCCAAGGUGCUGUGUCCUUCAUGCCUUCUGCGCAGGAGUGGCUGCCACCUGGGACAAUGCUUCCUGCCGGGUUUCAGGGUGGACAACCGCAAUUUCGACAGCUGGCUCCAGUCAUGCUGGGCAAUGAGCAAGCGCGGAUGAAAAUGCCGGCCACCUUCAUGCCAGGUGGUCCUGGAGCACCACCGCCAGUCCAUAUACCUCCUCGCGAACGGUCCAGAUCGCGAGACCGACAGGGAGCAUGGGAGGAAGCCGCAGGUGCCCCAGCAGCGCCAGCAGCUCCAGCAGCUCCAGCAGCAGAAUGGCACGGAGCCCAUCCUGCUCAAGCUCCUGCAUGGCAGCCACCGCCGCACCCGGCUCCAGAAUGGCAACACGCCGUCCAAGCGGCCGCAGCAACAGCGGAGUGGCAUCCAGCCCAUCCUGCUCCAGCUCCUGCGUGGCAGCCGCCACCGCACCCCGCCCAAGCAGUCCCAACCCCAGCAGAAUGGCAUCCAGCUCAUGCUCCUCCGGCCCCGUCCUGGCAGCCGCCACCAAGUCCGGGCCAGGAAUGGUUCCAAGCCUGGGCCGCGUGGCCACCGCAGUGGAACGGUGCUGGACCCACACUGCCCGGCUGA